AUUUCCCCCCAGUCUUGAGUGGAGGAAAAAGUUGAGGAAAGGGCUUUAUUCUUAACUCUUUAUUUAAAAAAAAAACCCCACAAAUCUUUACGGAGUGCAGUUGGAAGGCUGAAAAUAAAAAUCAGGCGAGAGAGGCGGAGAAAUAGAGCGUGUGUGUGAAGGAAAAAAACAUUGUGUUUCUCUCCGACUUCUACCUCGGAUCAUGUACCAGGACUAUCCCGGGAACUUUGAUACCUCCUCCAGGGGCAGCAGCGGCUCUCCAGGCCACCCAGAGACUUACUCCAGCGGCACAGCACAACAGAAAUUCCGGAUAGAUAUGCCAGGAUCAGGCAGUGCUUUUAUCCCCACCAUUAAUGCCAUAACAACCAGCCAAGACCUGCAGUGGAUGGUCCAGCCCACCGUGAUCACCUCCAUGUCGAGUCCCUACUCUCGCUCACAUCCCUACAGCCAUCCUCUGCCCAGCCUGUCUUCAAUUGGUGGACAUACAGCCCUUCAGAGACCUGGUGUCAUUAAAACUAUUGGGACCACAGUGGGCAGGAGGAGAAGAGAUGAGCAGCUGUCACCUGAGGAAGAGGAGAAGCGAAGAAUCCGGAGAGAGAGGAACAAGCUGGCAGCUGCUAAGUGUCGUAACAGGCGCCGAGAGCUAACAGAGAAACUCCAGGCGGAAACGGAGGAGCUGGAGGAAGAGAAAUCGGUGCUGCAGAAGGAGAUCGCUGAACUCCAGAAAGAGAAGGAUAAGCUGGAGUUCAUGCUGGUGGCUCAUGGCCCUGUGUGCAAAAUCAGCCCCGAGGAGCGUCGCACCCCACCAUCUCACAGCCUCCAGACAGUCCGGACUGGAGUGAGUGGAGCAGUGGUGGUGAAGCAGGAGCCGGUGGAAGAAGAGAUCCCAUCCUCCUCUUUGGGCCUUGACAAAGCUCAGAGAUCUGUCAUUAAGCCCAUCAGCAUUGCAGGGGGGUUUUAUGGGGAAGAGCCACUCAACACUCCCAUUGUGGUGACCUCGACGCCCGCCAUCACCCCUGGCACCUCCAACCUGGUCUUCACGUACCCCAGCGUGCUGGAUCAGGAGUCUCCUCUCUCCCCUUCGGAGUCGUGCUCCAAAGCUCACCGGAGAAGUAGCAGCAGCGGUGACCAGUCCUCAGAUUCCUUGAACUCUCCAACCCUGUUGGCAUUGUAACCCCCCUGUGUCCCUCAUUUGCCAGUGUGUUACAUCGCCACCCAGGACUGUGGGGGGAAACCUCCUCCACAAGAUUAAAGACAGGCACAAGGGCGUUCAAGCACAAGGGCAGCAAGAACAAGAGAAGGGGAAAUGUGGCUCCAGGAGCCUCCUGGAGCAGGAAGAACAAGAACAAAUGUAAACUCCAUGGAAGCAGAAAUGGUGAUGGUGGAAAUGACACGCCCAGUCCAUCUGGAGAGGGGAAGCUCCCCUCUGGAGGAGCUGCCUAUGGAAACCCCUUCGUGUGUUUAAUGGACUUGGGAAACACACUUGGCCAGGACUGGAGGCGAGCUGCAGAAAAUCACUAGUCACCCCUUACCUUUGUGAACUGAUCUGAUUAGUUACUCUCUGUGCUUAGUUCAUUCUGGUUCGUUGAUCUCUCUCUCUCUUUCUAUUACUGAUCCCAUGACAUUUCAUCUAGUUGAUAUCCACUCUAAAGGCUUGUUAUGAUGUCGGGAGGAGCUGUGGGAAAUUCUUGCUGUUGUCAAGAUGGGAAGUGUUGGGAGGAGUCACAAAUGCUUGGUCACAGGGGUGGCGCUUGUAAGUCAAUAGCCCACAAGCUCAAUGGCAAGGACGCCAUGAACUGAGGGGAAUAUUUGUUUGGAGGAGUUGGAGGGUGUGAGAUGGAUAUUUUGUCUCUUCCCCCUCCCCCCUGCUGCAAAGGCCAGGUUAACAGAAUGUCUAGUAAUGGGACCUGGAGUGGUGCCCUGGUAGCUGAUAGGAUACCAGAGUCCAUUUCCACUAGCCGGUGUCUUUGGCAGCAUUUCUCCUGUAAUUAGUGUUUGUCGAAUCUUCUGCUGGACCCUUUGUUUCCUUCACCCUGGCUACCUGCCACCUUGGGCGCAAUGCAUCCUGCUCCUCCUCCUCUGUGUGCCUGACUCAGAUGCUGAUUCCAGUCCAUGGGCAAACCCUUCUUCCUCAGCCCAUAUUUCCAGAACAUAUCACUGACGAGGAAGUGACAUUCCAGUGCAUCCAGGAAAGAGAUUUACUAAGAACGAAAGGGUGAAGUUGCCUGGAUGUUCUCUUGUCACCCAGGCAACAAUGCAGUUUGCAUCUCUGCUGUCUUUCCUUCUCUGCAUCAUUGCACCUUGAUUCCUAGCCCCUGUUGUAUUUUGCUACUUGCUGGAUUGGGGGAUUUUAAAUUCUGGUAUUCAAGACAAGCAGAGACUCUGCCCCUAACAGUGAGUCCUCUGUCUUCUCCUACACAGGGUCUCAGCUGAAAGUGCAGAAUGCACACAAUGGGCAUGGCCAUUUAAAAUUAAUGUUCACUACUGAAAAUAGUGAUAUGCUUAACCUCAACUCCUCUGGAGCCAAGUCCAACUCCUACUGAAGUCGAUGGCACUUGCACACUGUGCUCAGGUGCACCAUUGGUUUUUCCAAGAUUGAGUGCAUGGAUGUUGAGUCAGGCUCCUGGUGUAGUAGCUGAGAGUUGAUUUCAGUGCAUUCAAAGAGUAUCUCCAUUAGUCUAAGCUCGCUGAAGCUGCUGUGUCAGCAUAUCUAAUUGGGUGUGGUCUAAUCUUCUUUGGUUUAUCAAGUGAAAUCUGGGUAUGUUCUGAAUUAGGCUGGACUGUGGAGAAAUCUUUGGUGCAGUGUUCUAUUUUAGGGCACAAUCCUGUGAGAUGCUGAGCGCCCUCGGGUCCUACUGCCUCUAUUGGGAUUUAACAGUACUCAGCACCUCAGAGGUUUGGGCUUUUAUGUAGCAAUCAUGGAUUCUAUCAGACCCUCACUGUUGUAUCAGUUUUAAAGGGAUACUGUCUGAAUGUAGGUUUUCUUUAAAACCAAACCAAACCCACGUAUUUACAAAACUUGCCAGGAACAGAAAUGUUUUAGUGACUUGUUCAUGAAACUGAAAUUCAUUGAUUCUGUUUUUUCUUAAUUAUUUGACCAUUCCUUACAUUAUGCUAGUGCCAGAGACCCAAAACUGACUAUAGACCAAAAGUAAAACUAACCAGUUAGUUUCAUUGUCCUUAGUUGAAGUGCAAAACUUAACUGAUUAAUGGAAAUAAAGGUAAAUGAUUUUAAACAUUUUUCACUAAGUAGCCCAGAGAAGAUUCUGUUUUUAAUAAUUUUUUUAGCUAGAAAGUGUCACUUCAAGAUAAACUGUGGUUUCUGUCCUUUUUUGUUUGUUUGCUUGUUUGUUUUUGUUUUUUCUUCUUCUCAGUUUACAAGAUGUUCAUUUAGGCUGAUCUAAAUCACAAAUCUGGGGUCACUCAGUAAAAUGUCACCUAUGUUUCAUUUCCACUUAUGCAGGGCAGAAGAUAAUAUUAACAAGCGGUGACUCCUAAACGCAUGUAAUUUCUCCCUGGGCCAGUUGACCUGACCCACUAUUCUGCAGGGACCUCCCUAGAAUUAAUUCAUGAUUAGCAUACCCAUUAAGAAGAACUGAGUAGGUACCUGUUUCCCCAUCUUUCUGAGGAUUACAAAACUGGUAGCGUGUGAGCAAAAGGCUCUUCUAAAGUCUCCUUAGUACCAAACUGAAUCUGUGGUGUCUUGAAAAAUAACUUGUCCCAUCUUCUAAUGUAACUUCAGGUGAUGCUCACAAUCCCAUCAGCUAUCUAUUUGAUUUGGGAUCAGACAAUCCUUUUCAUUACUGUGGAGGGGUGGUGAGAAAUCUGUCCAAGAGUGGAAGACCUGGCCAGCUUUUGUGGGCAAUCAGGGUAGUAAAAUAGAAUGUUUCUGAAAGAAAUGUUCAAGUGUCCUUUCCCCUGCCUAUAAAACCCUCUUUUGCCAGCCAGCAAGA